UCUGCUCUCCAUUUGUUAGAGAGAGAAAGAAAAAGAACAUAAAUAGAAACUCUGAACUCUACAGAGACAGAGAGAGAGAGAGAGAGAGAGAGAGAGGUGUAAGAGCGCACAAUAGUAGUGGUAGUAAACUGUUCCAGAUGCUCAGCGAAUGGGGAAAUCGGACGAUCAGCGUCUGCCACUGCAUCUGCAGCAGCUGCAAAAUGGGUCGGGAGAGGACGGCGGCUCCACAAUUUUCUUCUGCGAGAGAUGUUCAAUGGGUCUCUGUAGAUUCUUCAGUUUCAAGUGUUUCUUCAUCUUGUUGCUGAGCAUCGCUGUGUUUCUGUCGGCGGUGUUCUGGUUCCUUCCUCGUCACUCUAACCAAUCCGGGUUUGAAGCAAAUCACUCAAUCAAGCUCGGCUCCUCUGUACAAGCAUACUUCGAGCUGGAUAAAACAGUUUCAGAUCUAAUUCCAUACAUUGCUAGACUAGAAUACGAUAUAUUUGGGGAGAUAGGAGUCCCUUUUACAAAGGUUGCAAUUCUAUCUUUGCAUCAGGCAGGCGUAUCUAACCAGACUAAUGUGACAUUUGGUGUCCUUUCAAAUCCAAUUGAUACAUCUAUAACUCCAGCGUCCUUAAGUUUGCUGAGAUCUUCUCUUCUAGAUGUGUUUCUUCAACAAGUUAAUUUGAUUUUGACCAACUCAAUUUUCGGACGCCCAUCUUCUUUUCAGAUUUUAAAGUUUCCAGGUGGAGUGACGUUAAAUCCUGACCCUCACUCUCCAUUUUGGCAAGAGCAGAUUCUCUUCCAGUUUACUCUCAAUAAUUCAAUUGGUGAAAUAAAAGAGUAUUUUGUUGAGUUCAAAAAGCAGCUGAGGUCAGGUUUACAUCUCCAGCCAUAUGAGAAUGUAUGCGUACAAGUGAACAGCAGAAAGGGCUCCACGGUGGAACCCCCUGUUACGGUUGAAGCUUCAAUUGUUUCAGAUGUAGGAGAUCUGCCUCAGGAAAGAUUGAGAGAAUUGGCUCGAAUUAUCACUGGAUCCCCUCCUGCAACGAAUCUUGGCCUUAAUAACUCUGUUUUUGGCAAGGUUAAGGAAGUAAGUCUAUCGUCCUUUCUAAAUCAUUCACUGCAGGCUUCACCACCAGCUCCUUCUCCAGCUCCAUCUCCAGCUCCAGUGCAAAAUGAUCCCGAGGGACCGUCAAUAUCUCCUUCACCGGCUUUUUCUCCAUCUCCAUCUCCGGCCCACUUACCCGACUUUGGUCACUUAACGCCUUGCUGUGAGUGUCCUACUUCACAACCAUCUGAUGCUAACCACUUGUAUGGCCAAACUCCUGCAAGACAGCCUGACUAUUCUUUGUCACCAUUGCCUGAUACUAAUACACCACAUGUGCCAUCCACUGGACCAUGUGGUUCCAUAAUUCCACCAAGCUUAUCCCCAACUUCUCAUGGUCUCAAUUCGGCUCCUAAUUAUAUGUCUCCUUUGCCUACUCAUCCUCCACAUACAAGUCACGUUCAAAAGAUUCCCCAAGCUCCGUCUCCUCUAGCUAUUUUAUCACAUGGCUCCAAUGGAGACCAGGACAAUGGAAACCACAAAGGUUUCAUGUAUUCACCUCAAGUUCCGCCCUCAAUGUCAUCUUCUCUAUCAUGAUGUAGCAGCUUUGGAAGAAAGGUUGAUGCAUUAUCACAGGCUAGUGAUGUGAACUAUGAGAAGUAGCAGGUCAAAGCCAAAAGGUGGCAGGCCUUGGUGUUACCCCCUCGACACACGAAGUACAGUAAAAUUUUCCCGAAGGGAACAUAACUUAUAAAACCAAUUAUUUGAAACUUAACGCCUCGUUGCAGGUUUUCAAUGGGAUACCAAUUGUAAAAUGUGCUGGUUCCUUUUGAACGCCUGCAAUCCGGAGUGAAUUAAAGUGUGUAAAAGACCUCAGAACACAGUUACAUAGUAAAAAGUUAUUGUGACAACUAUGCUUUGUUUA